AUGGCGGAAUCGGAUUUCGAACCAUUCAAGCUCGAAAUCGAGCGUCUGUACAUCCAUGAGAACAAAACCUUGACCUAUGUUAUGGACUACAUGGUGUCCAAAUACUCCUUGGCCAAGUCCCCAAGCCAGUAUAGCCGCCAGCUCAAGAAAUGGGGCUUUGUCAAGGGUCGCAUUACGGCGGACGAGUGGGCUUGGAUUGGAAACAAGCAGAAUAAAAGAAAACACAACGACCAGAAGGAAAGCGAGUUCUACAUUGGUGAAAACCAGGUUCACGUACCAAAGGUUAAGAAGGCAAAAUAUAGAGAUGCCUACGUUUCAAGCAUAGCCAGGUACUCUACUGCUCCCUCCCCGAACACACCAGAAGGCUUUUUUGUUUGCACCCCAGCAUCGCCAGGAAUGCAUCUUCUCUGGAAUGGUGGGUCACUCCCAUGGCUGCGCUUCAUCAAACUUGUGCGUUCCAUGGAGAAUGAAGCGGCACCAUCGCCGUCCUCGUCCCUGACCAUAUUUUCCCCUGGCGGAGCCAAUGCGCCCUCUCGCACGGUCAACCGCGAACUGAUGCAUCGCCUGAGCACAAUCAUACCAUGGAACAGACUAAGCCAUCCCCCGAACCUACAUAGUAGCUCUCGAACAUCGACAGCUCUGAGAAUACUCAUGCCAGAGGAGUUUCCGGGCCAGCACGAUGCUUUGUCAACUAACUUGAACAACUCUACAAACAGGGGAAGAGAUCGUAUCGCCUUGGAGCUUUUCCUUCUCUCAAACAACAUCACUUCGCAAGAUCCAGGUGGACGGACCGAGAGAAAUAUCAGAUCCGAUGACGAGCGGGUGAUACAAAGGUUGAGCGACUCUGGCUGGAAGGACUUGAAACAUAUUCAGAUCCUUUUAUCAACCCGUGAGCCAACUGCUGAAGCAAUUGCAGAAAGGGUGUUUGCAAGUGCAUUGAGACUACAUGACGUGGACGUGGUGAGGAUGAUGCUCGAAGCCCACAUGGAUCCAAACAACCCAUUGGUUGAGUCAAUCUCCCAUGGUUUCCUAACACCUCUUCAAUUCAUUGCAAGAAGCCAGCACGAACGCGGCGAGGAACUCAUCAAUCUUCUUAUAUCCCAUGGGGCGGAUGUGAAUCAUUCGGGUAAUAGCCAUCCACCUUUGUUUUAUGCCAUCAAUAAACACGAUAACGAAAUCAUGCGUACUCUUAUGUUUCACGGUGCUAUUGUGACGCCGUCUUGCCUUUCUACUGCCACAAAUAUGAAAGAUAUCGGAGUAUUUGAAGAAAUCGUCAAUUCAUGUUCUGACGUGAACGCACGAACAGGGUGGCAGGACCCCAGUGCUCUUGCACAGGCUGUCGAGUAUCGCAAUGUCCCGAUAAUUCAAAUGUUACUCGCCAAAGGUGCCAAUGCAAAUGAUCUGACGAUUGUCAAUUUCGAGAAUGACGUUGCAACAACCACUAUCUUGGGCCUUGGCGUUCUGUCACAAUCUAUCAAUAUUAUACACGCUCUACUGUGGGGCUGCCAUGAGAUGAACCCUGACUUCGAUGGAAUGCCUUAUAUCUCGCCUGUUGCACUAGCGGUGGAGGUAGGAAGCGUUCAGAUUACCCAGACUCUACUCCAAGCCGGGGUCAGUAUCAAACUAGCCGAUGAGCAAGGGAAAAUGACACUGCUUGAACGUGCCACCCGGCACCCUAUGGCUUUGGCCCUGUGCAAGGUCUUGAUUCAAUAUGGAGCCCGAAUUGACAGACCGUUCUCCACUCAGAAACAUGAGUCCUCAGCUCUUCUCCUUGCACUUGAAGGAAAGUCUCCCGAAGUUGUUGAGCUCUUCAUCAACGCAGGCGCACGCCUCAAUGACGAAUACUCCAACCCCCCUUACACUGUACUUGGAGCUGCCAUUAAAAAGGGGGAUGGGGUGUUGAUCAACAGCCUCUUGGUAGCCGGAGCUGCAUUUGUGGGAACCAAACUACAAACAAUCGGCACUUUAGGUACUGCGAUGUACCUACAGGCAAAUGGAGUUCUUCAAGGCGUUCUGAGGGUGUCAGGUCCCGGCAUCCUUGCUGCUGCUCUAUCCGAAGAGAAGAGAGAUCUAGCUCAGUACUUGCUUGAACAUAAUGCUGAUCAUGAAGACCGCAUUGAAAAUGAAGAGCCUGCCCUCUCCAAGCAGACCCCACUGGAAGCAGCAGUCCGAAUGCAGGAUUUUGGCUUUGUACAAAGACUGUUGGAACGCGGUGCAAAGGUUACAGACAUGGUUCUUGCAAAUGCUAUAGGCAGAGAUCCUGUGUUUCUUGAACGACUACUGACCAGGUUCCGCGGAAGUGCCCCAACGACAGUUGGGACCGCACUCUGUGAAGAUGAGCCCUUACAGCUCCUUCAAGAGGCAGGAGUGGAUCCCACUGGCGUACCACAACUUUUCCAAGAUUUUUGGGAUUUGGAGGAUUUGAAAGACUUUGAACUGCCGCCACCAGAGUCGGUACUCGAAAUAGCACUGGUCGUAGGAACUAGGGAGAAUUUACAGUUCCUGCUCCAGUGGAUGCCCUGGAGCCCAAGGCUGACCGGUCGCGCCUUGACAUUUGCGAUACUUUUAGAUCUGAAUGAACUCGCGGAGGAUAUAAUGCUUUUCAAUCCUGAUCUGACUCAGGAGAUUACCAUCGAAUACCCCUCUGACGAGGACGAUUAUGGAGAAGUCAAAAGAGAACGAGAAACGUACCGUCCCCUCGAAGCUGCUGUCAAUAGACAAAUGACCCCGAUCGCGCGGAAAUUGAUGGCAAAAACUGAUGUCAACUAUCUUGGUCAUGGGGCUCGCCGUCGAACGGCAUUGCAAUAUGCCGUUGAAAAAGGAAACAUGGAGCUUAUCAACCUACUGAUUUCGGAGCACGGAGCUAGGAUUGAUGGCCCUCCUGCCAUGGACGGCGGUGCUACUGCAUUGCAGAUUGCAUGCCUCAAAGGUUAUAUUGGUAUCGCAAGAAAACUACUUGACCUAGGAGCAGAUGUCAAUGAAGCUCCGGCAAAGCACAAUGGACGUACGGCCUUGCAGGGAGCGGCAGAACACGGUCGAAUUGAUAUGCUGCAAGUGCUGCUCGAGGAAGGAGCGCUGGUUGUCGGUGAAGGUGAAACGCAGUAUCGCAGGGCUGUCGAGCUCGCGGAACGCAAUGGACACCAGGCUUCUGCGCGACUGUUGAGGUCUUGGAGGGACUCUGUUUAUUUGAACCCCGAGGCUGUUUGA